GGAGGUGCUGGGUAUAGGUGCCGAUGUCAUGUGGGAUGAGCAGAAAGGCUUCUUUGGCGGUUGCGAUGCGCGCUCGUUUUUCAUUGGCCACCGCGUCCGCAUGUGCGGGCUGGGGUCAAAUGGUUCAAAUAUACAGCCAACAACAACUAUCGAUACCACUUCUCUAUACAUGGCAUUCAAGGGCAAGCAUCAUGGACUGGGUCAUAGGCAACUGGGAGCACUGAAGGAUUUCGAUGUCCUGAUAAACUCGGAUCUCAGUAGUGGGAUGCACCGGCUGGGACACGAUGGAUAUACAAUCACAAAGACCGAAGUGGCGAUCAGGCGGAUUGAAGUGUGGGGCUGUGCCGGUGCUGCGGUGCGGAGUGGCCAAGCGGAGCAGAAAGACUGGGAGCGACGGCACCGAGAGCGUCUCAUUAAGGUCAAACGACCCGGGCGUGAGUUCUGGGAUGACAAUCCGGAUAAGGCGUUGCUGGAGAUGGCUGGGAUUACUAUGAGUCAUUCUGAGCGAGGAGAGAUGCGAGAACCAAUAGAUGACCAGAAUGCCGGGUGAAUGGACUUGUGAGUAUCGCGAUACCGAGGCCAAGAACCCCGAAACCAAUACAACUAGUGUUUCAACAAGCGUCAAUAAAGCAAUUUAGUAUAUCAUG